GUUGUCUCCGGCGUCGCGUGUGUAGAGGGCGGGAGGGAGGAUGGUCAGCACUGUGUCGCUGCAUGACGAUGCUGCAGCAGUUGCAGUUGCUGCAACAAUCUCAGGGCAAUGGCUCGACACACCCUCGCGUCGAGGUUGUGGAACACCUCUCGCAAAUUUCGCAAACUAGCACUGACUUCUAACAAGCUCUCUUCCUCUGUAGAUGACACCUCUUCUUCGGCGUUGGGAGCUUCCACUUCCACGUCGUUUGAACCUCAAGCACCGCCAUUCUUAUGUGAACUCUCAUAUGGGCACAUCAUUGUGCCGGUAGGUUCGACUAGGAGGAUAUGGUCAGAUGGUUCCAGAAGUUGGAAUGGAUUUCGCAACAGAUUUGACGAGGGUGGAUCGAAGGCGGUGGCACAGAACAGGGGAGGAGUCCUUCGACAUGCUUCGACCGCAGCAACUGAGGAUGCGAAGCCAGCGGAGGAGAUAGCUGAUGGAAUCACUUUGACGGAAAAUUGUGCCCGGAGGAUACAUGAAAUUAAGCUUGAAGAUGGACCAGAAGGGGAGAACAAAAUGCUGCGCUUGAGUGUAGAAGGGGGUGGAUGCUCUGGGUUCCUCUACAAUUUUGCUCUUGAUGAUAUGAUGAACAAAGAUGAUAGAGUGUUUGAAAGAGACGGAGCCAAGCUUGUAGUGGACGAUAUUUCAUAUGGCUUCAUUAAAGGCGCCACUGUUGACUUUACCGAAGAAUUAAUCCGAGCUUCUUUUGCUGUAACGAUCAAUCCAAAUGCAGCCUCUGCAUGUGGAUGUGGGGCUUCAUUCAAUGCAAAGUGAAAAUUAGGUCAUCUUGUAACGAAGAUUCCUUUAAUGGUGUAUUUUAUAUUUUGUUUGUGGGACUGUCGACGAGUCGCUGAAUUGAGUGCCUCCAAAUUCACCGAAUCGCUUAGCCUGAAAAUAAGAAAAAAAGCACGCACUGUUACCUCAAUUUAAUUCUAGUCUCAACCUACUCUUCUAUUUCCAGGCAACAUUCACGGCAUGAAGUAUGGUGUAGUAUUAGCUUUGUGGGUAGUACAGUUUUGAAGUGCAGUAAGACACGAAUCACGGAUGUGUGUAAUGAUUUAGCUAACUAUUCAAGGUACAGGCUACCAAGAGCUAUCAAACUCUUCAAUUAA